UUGAGACGGUAUAUUUUGGUAUAUUUCUGAGGCUCAUACGAUAUAUUUGGUCGACUAAUGGGUCGCACUGGGCACACUUCUCUCCGGCAGAAAUCACGAUGUCGACUGGUACACUUUACACUUACCCCGAGAACUUCCGCGCGUACAAGGCGCUGAUUGCCGCCCAGUACUCUGGCGCAAAGGUGAAAGUGGCCGAUAACUUCAAGUUUGGUGAAACCAACAAAUCGGCAGAAUUUCUGAAGAAAUUCCCCAGCGGCAAGGUGCCAGCAUUUGAGACCGCUGAUGGCAAAUACCUGAGCGAGUCGAAUGCCAUUGCUUACUUCUUGGCCAGCGAGCAACUGCGAGGUGGCAAGUGCCCCUUCGUCCAGGCCCAAGUUCAGCAAUGGAUCUCGUUUGCUGACAACGAAAUCGUGCCUGCCUCCUGCGCACUGGUGUUCCCCCUGCUGGGAAUCUUGCCACAGCAGAAGAACUCCACUGCCAAGCAGGACGUGGAAGGUGUCCUGGCACAGCUCAACCAGAAACUGCUCAAUGUCACCUACCUCGCCGGCGAGCGCAUCACCCUUGCCGACAUCAUUGUUUUCAGCAGCCUGUUGCAUCUGUACGAGUACGUCCUGGAGCCGACUGCACGCGCCGCUUUCGGUAAUGUGAACCGUUGGUUCCUCACCAUCCUGAACCAGCCACAGGUCCAGGCUGUGGUCAAGGACUACAAGCUGUGCGAGAAGGCCUUGGUCUUCGACCCCAAGAAGUACGCCGAAUUCCAGGCCAAGCAAGGCGGUGGCAAGCCCCAGCAGCAGCAGAAGCCAAAGGAAGAGAAGAAGCCCAAGGAGAAGAAGGAGGCUGCCCCCAAGAAGGCCGCCGAACCCGAGGAGUUGGAUGCCGCCGAUGAGGCCUUGGCUCUGGAGCCAAAAUCGAAGGAUCCCUUCGAUGCCUUGCCCAAGGGCACCUUCAACUUUGACGACUUCAAGCGCGUCUACUCCAACGAGGAGGAGGCCAAGUCCAUCCCGUACUUCUUCGAGAAGUUCGACCCCGAGAACUACUCGAUCUGGUUCGGAGAAUACAAGUACAGCGAGGAGCUGUCCAAGGUGUUCAUGUCGUGCAAUCUCAUCACUGGCAUGUUCCAGCGCCUCGACAAGAUGCGCAAGCAGGCCUUCGCCUCCGUGUGCCUCUUCGGUGACGACAACAACAGCACCAUCUCCGGUGUGUGGGUCUGGCGCGGACAGGAACUGGCCUUCCCUCUGUCGCCCGACUGGCAGAUAGACUACGAGGUCUACGACUGGAAGAAAUUGGAUGCCAAGAGCGAGGAAACCAAGAAGCUCGUCACCCAGUACUUCUCCUGGUCCGGCACCGACAAGGGUGGCCGCAAGUUCAACCAGGGCAAGAUUUUCAAAUAAGCAUAAAAACCCCAACACCAACAGCCACACAGCAGCAACAAUAAAAUUUGAGAUUCAAAUUGCAGCAAAA